UAUUUUCCGAAAAUAAAUGCUACAAUCAAUAAAUAAGCGGUAAAGUCGGUGUAAAAAAAAUACGAAUUGAAAACUAUGGGACUAUGUACCUUAAUUUGUGGUGGCUGUCAUCGCCGAACUUAUCGAUUAAAUAAACAAAUUUUCACGCUUCACCGAAUAACUCAUAGAACGUAACGUAAGUAGUCAAUUAGAACGUAUGGGGUGUUGGCAGCGGUCUUCCAAUCAGAGCUCUACGUUAUCAUCCGAGGAUUUACACUUCCGAUGAUUUUACUUUAAAAAAUGUUGUGUAUUCUUUAUGGCGGAAAUCUUUAUUUAUGCUAUACGUACUCUUUUUACUUACUCUUGAUUUAUCAUGAAAUUGAGUUAAUUUCUUUCCCCUACUAUACCGAUUAAUUCCUAAUUUGCUUAAGCGUAGUACUAAACUGUAGUAUAAAAAAUGACAUAAGUGCAGCAGACAUCGCUGCAAAAAAUAUUUUUAUCAACGAACCGACAGCUUUAGCAAUAAAUAAAUAAGUUUUGGGUAAAUUCGCAAGUGUGCGAUCCUCAACUCGAGGAGCUUGGAAAAAAGUCGAGUUGCACAGCAAGUGUAUAAGUGGAGGGGGCCAGGCAUAUCAUGUAUAUAAGUAUACACUGCACCUUGGAAAUAAAGGAAUCCGUCGAGGUGGUGAAUCAGUGGAUCGUCGUUUCGUUCGCGCACGUAUUUGUUAGUGUUAGUAAGGAAAGUUUUGUGUACUGUACAAUGUAUUUUUGACGUGGAAGAAAAAAAAGCAGGACAAGAACGACUGGCCGAAGAAGAGGAGGCUUUACAGUUUAAGGGAGGAAAUCGGCAGCGUGGCGCGAUUCCGGAAUAAAACUACUGUAGGAUGGAUAGGUUAAAGUGGAGAUGGGCUGUAGUGGCUCUUGUAUUGUUGUUGGUGGAGGCUCAAGGAUUUUAUGUGCCAGGUGUGGCACCUGUCGAAUUCAAGAAAGGAGACAAAAUUGAUGUGAAGGCUGUCAAGAUGACCAGUACACAUACCCAGUUGCCGUACAAGUAUUAUUCACUGAAUUUCUGUCUACCCAAAAAUGGAACAACAUACGUAUCUGAAAAUUUAGGAGAAAUUCUUAGAGGUGACAGGAUCGUUAAUACUCCGUAUGAGGUUGCUAUGGCAGAGGAUGUCAAAUGCCGGCUUCUCUGUCAUUCUCCAAAAAAUCCAAUGACGUGGAAUGAAGAACACUCACUUCUUGUUAUAGAAAGGAUACAGCACGAGUAUACUGUUCAUUUGUUAAUAGACAACUUGCCAGCAGCAACAAAAAAGAAGAAUAAUGGUAAUACCAUUGUUUAUCACGGUUACCGAUUAGGAGGUAUUGAGCCCAAUUCUAAUCAAGCGUAUAUCAAUAAUUAUUUAAAAUUGAAAUUGAGUUAUCACAAACAUGGAGAGAAUGAGUUCAGAGUUGUAGGUUUUGAAGUGGAAGCUCAUUCCAUAGACUUUGACCAAUUGCAAUUUGAAGGCAGUACUUGCAAAAUACCCACAGAGCAUUCAAAACAGUAUGUGAAUCCUAAAGGUACCAGAAUAUUAUUCCUCUAUUCCGUAGAAUGGAAGGAAUCUGAUGUAAGUUGGGCAAGUAGAUGGGACAUUUACCUGGGAAUGAGUGACGUUGAAAUACAUUGGUUUUCUAUAAUCAAUUCCCUGGUUGUUGUUUGUUUCCUGUCAGGAAUUUUGACUAUGAUUAUCGUUAGAACAUUACGCAGAGAUAUCGCUAGAUAUAAUGCAGGGGAAAGUGAUAGCCUGGCAGGGCUUGAUGAGACCAUUGAAGAAACUGGUUGGAAACUAGUUCAUGGAGAUGUUUUCAGACCACCUACAAAUGCACGUUUGUUUGCUGCUGUGAUUGGAAGUGGAAUUCAAAUUUUCUUCAUGGCUUUGAUAACAAUUUUUUUCGCUAUGCUGGGAAUGCUUUCCCCAGCAAGCAGAGGAGCUCUUGGCACGUGUGCAAUCUUUUUAUUCGUUUUCUCGGGACUAGUAGCUGGUUACUUUUCUGCCAGAUUAUAUAAGACAAUGCUUGGAAAAGAGUGGAAAAAGGCAGCGAUGCUGACGGCAACUUUGUACCCUGGAAUUGUGUUUGGAACAUGUUUCUUCUUGAACUUCUUCAUCUGGGGAAAACAUAGCUCAGGAGCAGUUCCUUUCACAACAAUGUUAUCUUUACUAUGUCUUUGGUUUGGCAUCUCAUUACCUCUGGUUUACCUUGGUUAUUUCUUUGGUUUUCGUAAGCAGCCAUUCACACAUCCUGUUAGAACAAACCAAAUUCCUCGACAAGUACCUGAUCAACUCUGGUAUAUGAAUCCAGUAUUAUGUACUCUCAUGGCGGGAAUUUUACCUUUUGGUGCCGUCUUCAUUGAGCUGUUCUUCAUUUUGACAGCGUUAUGGGAGAACCAGUUUUACUAUCUGUUUGGCUUUUUGUUCCUAGUUUUCUGUAUUCUUGUGAUAUCAUGUUCCCAGAUUUCAGUUGUAAUGGUCUAUUUUCAACUUUGUGGAGAAGACUACAGAUGGUGGUGGCGAAGUUUCAUCGUUAGUGGAGGUUCAGCAUUAUACGUUCUAGCUUAUUCUAUCUUUUACUUCAUGUCAAAGCUAGAAAUAACCGAACUCGUUCCAACUCUUAUGUACUUUGGUUAUACCGCAUUAAUGGUGCUAACAUUCUGGCUGUUGACUGGAACCAUUGGCUUCUUUGCAGCAUACGCAUUCAUCAGAAAAAUCUAUGCAGCCGUUAAAAUAGACUAGUCAAACUAACAACGGUAAUAGCCAGUGAUAUUCAUUCUGCCAAAAACUGUCGAACCUGUGUAAUUUAUUGCAUUACACUUUUUCUUAUAUUUCUGGAAGAAAAAAUGUAAUACUAAAUUACAUUUUUGCAACUAUUACGGCAGAUAUUACUACACACAUGAAUUAAAAGGGGUCAGUAACUUUGAGGUCUUGUAAAUUUAAAUUAAUUAAUUGAUUAACUACUUUAAGCCCUCACGUUAUAUAUUUUUUAAUCGUAACAAUCACUUAUUAAGAUCUUCAAGUGUACUGAUCCUUAAGUAGUUAUAUUGCUUUUGAAUGUUACAAAUGUAAAUUUUCCGAAUCUUGUGUGUACAGAUCACAGUCGACUCGAUUGUACAAUGAGCUCAUUUUAAUAUCAUGAUUGCAAAGUGCGCGUGUAAAUAUGAAUCGUCGUUAUAUAGGAUAUUUUGUAGAUUUCAAGUUGUAUCAUUUCUUACAAUUAUCAGUAUAUACAUAUUUAUAAAUAAAAUUAUUAUACAUUAUUUCUAACUAAAAUGCUUUGACAUUCUUUUGAUUUAAAAUAUUGUAUAGCUUUUCUGUUUAGUCAUGCAUACAGUUCUAUUCUGAAUAACUGGUCAUUGUAGAAAAGACUAGAUGCAUAGAAAUCAUGCUUUAACGGUUUUUAUUUUUUAUCAUCCGUUAUCAUCAAGUAGCAAAUUUGAAAAAAUUCUUAUUCCGAUAAUAAUUCAAAUUUUUUUCAACGAUUUAAAUGAGACUUUUAUGUAUGGAGUAAAAUAAUAAAUAAUUAUAUUGUAUAAACACCAUUCGACAUAUCAUAGUUGUUACCAACGAGACUUAAAUAUAUACCAUAAAAAUCGUACGCACAUGGAAAUGAUUAAAAGAAUUAUAAAAUCUCUUAUUUCAAUAACUCAAAUUUUCUUGUGAGUUUAUAUAGAAAGGUCUUGAAAUUAUAAUAUGAAUCAAAAUAUUAAAAAUUAUUUACAGAUAAAAAAGCUAUAUACAGUGAUCUAAUGAAGCUUCAUAAAGUUGUGAGGAGUUAUUUUUUGUCGAAGUUUAUAAAACAAGUAUGCAAAUAUGCAAAUUCCGCUGAUUAUAUAUAUACUUAUGACUGUAGACUCAACAGGCAUAUAGCAUUUUGAUAUAGCAUAGUUAUUAGGUGUAAAUAUGCCCUAAAACAAUAAAUUGCAUUGUUAUUUUGUAUCAGAAGUGUAAGGAUUAUUAAUACAAAAGAAUAAAAUAACUUAUGCAAUCGACUAACCAAUAA